AUGGCGGCUGCACGGGCGCACGUGGAGAGGCUCCGGCGGGAGCGGUACUACAUCGGGCGCGGCGAGCAGAACCCGCUGGCGGAGGACAUGCACCAGGCGGUGAACUACCUGAGCCAGGAGCUCUACUCCAAGGACGUCCACUUCCUCAUGGAGCUCGUCCAGAACGCUGAAGACAAUGAGUACCCUGAUGGAGUAGCACCAUCAUUGGAGUUUCUGGUAACAUCAACUGACAUCACUGGAUCUGGUGCAUCGUCAACUUUACUCAUUUUCAACAAUGAGAAGGGCUUUUCUCCAUCGAAUAUUCAGUCUAUUUGUGGCGUGGGGAAGUCGACCAAGAAGGGAAACAGGGACAAGGGAUACAUUGGAGAGAAAGGUAUUGGAUUCAAAAGUGUGUUCCUGAUAUCAAGCCAGCCCCAUAUAUUCAGUAAUGGGUAUCAAAUCAAGUUUAAUGAGAAGCCGUGUCCAGAAUGCAAUAUUGGAUACAUUGUCCCGGAGUGGGUUGAGUCCAGGCCUAGCCUUUCAGAUAUCAAACAGAUAUAUGGGUCUACCAGAGACCUUCCAACGACCUGUAUCGUCCUGCCUUUGAAGGAUGAGAAGGUCACUGCGGUGAAGCAGCAGCUUUCGAGCUUGCAUCCAGAAAUGCUACUGUUUCUGUCAAAGAUCAGGCGGCUCUCUGUCCGUGAAGAUAACGGCAACGCUAGAGGCAGCACUGUUAGUGAGAUUGCGAUAUCGAGUGAGAAGAACUUUGAAGUGAGGAAGAACAUGCACGCAGAGUCUUACACGGUCUUUUUAUCUGCUCAAGAGAAUGAGAGUGAAGCAGAGUGCGGGUACCAUAUGUGGAGGCAGAGGUUCCCUGUCAAGGCAGAGAACAGGGUGGAGAAGCGUACUGAAAUCGAUGAGUGGGUCAUCACCCUAGCCUUCCCUCUUAAGGAGCGACUAUCCCGUGGGAAGCAGCUAUCCCCUGGCGUAUAUGCUUUCCUUCCCACGGAGAUGGUGACGAACUUCCCCUUCAUCAUUCAGGCUGACUUCCUCCUUGCAUCAUCAAGAGAGGCGAUACUGUUUGAUAGUCCAUGGAACAAGGGAAUUCUGGAGUGUAUCCCAAGUGCAUUCAUGAAUGCCUUUGUAGCACUUGUCAAGUCCAGAACAGAUGCACCAGCAAUGACUAUUCCGUCGAUGUUCCAUUACCUGCCAGUCAGUCCUUCGCUGAUCCCUUUACUUGAGCCUGUUAGGUCUGGCAUCAAAGAGAAGGUUCUCGUCGAGGAUAUAGUUCCAUGUGAGUCUCACACUCCACAGAAGAUGUUUUGCAAGCCUUGCGAGGUUGCGCGGCUCAAACCAGCAUUUUGGGAUAUCCUUGUCAAGGCGAGAGAAUCUGGAGUGGACCUUAAGAACCUGUCAACCCAUGGAACCUACAUUCUCAGCUCUCACUUCGACAAGAGUGCAUACAACAGUGUUCUUACAUUUCUGGAUGUCAAAAACGUGAGCCAUGAAUGGUAUGCAAACUGCAUUCAGGGGUCUAAUCUUGUCAGCAAUGUAGAUGAACAUCUUUAUCUGGAACUUUUAUGUUUUGUCGCAGACAGUUGGCAAAACUUUUCUGGUACAAAGAUGAUGCAAAUUCCUCUGCUGAAGUAUGUUGACAGGAACAAAAAUGUCUCUGUCUGGAGCAUAUCCAGAGCUAGUCAGUGGAGUGAUAGAUUGUGCAUUGCAUCUGAUGGGAAGUGGAUGUCGUGGCUUAUCAGCUGGAACCAGGAGUUUCCAUCUUCUAACCGGCUUUUUGUGUCUCCCAGUACACAAACAGCUCUGCAAGGUUUCCCGCAGAAGGAAAAAGUGACAUACUGGCUUCAAAGCCAUGCAAAAGUGGAGGUUGUAUCUGUAUACAGUUUCGGGAAUAUUGUGGUUAAGUCCUUGAACUGUGAUAAAAGGCCUGCCAUUGCUUUUUCUCACUUUCUGUACCAUUCAUCCAGUAAGAAUUACAUGGAGAGCUACCAGUUAGCAGAGCUGUGUCGUAUCAUGCCAGUAAUUGACAACUAUGGCAAUGCGGUCACGGAAAGGCAAAGCAUUCUAGUUCCUGCAAAUGGUAGUAAAUGGGUUGGACUGAUGGGCACAAACCCAUGGAGGAAUGAGAAAUACAUCGAACUGUCAGCAGAUUACAAGUCAGCAGGUCAUUUCGCCGGGAACUACACACCUCAAGAUCAGAUCUUGGAUUUUCUCAAGACAAAGAUGCAGGCCUCAGAUGUGCCAUUCAUACACCCUCCAAAUGCAAGUUUCCCUACAGUCUCAUCACCUCUGACUGUGGACAAUGCAAUCUUGCUACUGCAAUGGAUACGAAAUUUGAAAUCAAAAGGUGUACAAUUACCAGCUAGUUUCUUGGCUUGUGUGAAAGGAGGAAGUUGGCUGAAGACAUCAGUCGGAUACAAGCCCCCGGCUGAAUCAUUUAUGUCCAGUUCUGAGUGGGGUAAUCUCUUGCAAAACGGGUCUUCCUGUGUUGAUAUACCAAUGAUCGAUCAACAGUUCUAUCAAUACAAAAUGGAUGCAUACAAGGAGGAACUCAAGGUGAUCGGGGUAAGAUUUGAAUUUGGGGAGGCAUCGGCUUACAUUGGCAGGCGGCUCAUGUUGAUGGCUGCAAGCAAUAUGCUGACCAGACAUGUAUAUGAGCUGCUUCGGCUGAUUCGGUUUCUUCAACAGAAGGUUCUGUCACCAAGUGAACUAGUCAACAGCGUGAAAGAUGGACAAUGGAUGAAGAGUACUCUAGGUUACAGGUCUCCUUCAUGUUGUAUCAUAUAUGAUUCAGACUGGGAAGUUGCAUCUCGUAUCAGUACCCAGCCAUUCCUUGAUGUUGGAUUCUAUGGCGAGUCCAUCCUUGACUACAAACAAGAGCUGAAGUUGCUUGGUGUCCAAGUUGGGUUUGAAAAUGGUGAAAAGACCUACAAGCUUAUAAUUGAUAAUUUCAAGUUCAGUUCUUCAUCUGUUACUUCUGAUGCUACUGCACUAAUCCUCAAGUGUAUCCGGUAUGCUAGCCCAUGUGAUGAUUUCUUGAGGAAGCUCAGAGACUUGAAAUGGUUGAAGACCAAUGUGGGAUUCCGUGCUCCUAGCGAAUCUUUUCUUCUGGAUUGGGAAUGGGAGUGCCUUCUACAGGUGUUUGAUGGAGUUCCUGUAGUUGAUUGUGGGUUUUAUGGGAGUAAGAUCAGUCCGUAUGUAGAAGAGUUGAAGAAGACAGGGUUGAUCACGGGAUUUGACCAGGCAUCGAAGGCUAUAGUAAACAUUUUCAAGCAGAUGGUCGAGAAGUCAUCGCUUACAAAGGUGAAUGUCCUGGCUCUGCUAGCAUGUUAUCGGCAGCUGAGAUCACACAACCCAAAUCCGGUUGGUCUUUUCAACUCCAUGCGGAGUGAGAAAUGGCUGUGCACAUCACUGGGAUUUAGGUCACCUUCGGAAGCAAUCUUAUUUGAUGAAAGUUGGCAGUCUCUGUUACCCAUUGCAAAAUUACCUUUCAUCAAUGAUGGUGACUCUAAUGGUGGCUUAGGCAAAGAGUUACAUGGUUACAAGGCUGAGCUGAAAGAACUAGGUGUUACAACAGAAGUGAAAGCCCAUGGCGCUAGGUUUGUCAUCAAUGGUCUCAUCAUUCCUGCAGACACUGCAGAUAUUUCUGCAGCCACCGUGUUGUUGUUGCUUGGGUCUGUUAAGAGCUGCUUGGCCUGUAUGGCAACAUUGCCCAAGGAAUUUAUGAAGGAAAUCACUAGCUGCAAGUGGUUGAAGACAACACUUGGAUACCAAUCUCCUGAUGGAUGCAUACUCUUUGACCCAAAGCAGUCUUCCAUCUGCGUAACAGAUGGCCCUUUCAUCGAUGAAUCUUUUUAUGGUUCAGAGAUCGCUUCAUUCAAGGAUGCACUGGCGGCAAUCGGAGUAACUGUGGAUGUUCGAUGUGGGCAUGGCCUUGUUGCUCAGCAUCUGAGGAGCCACAAAGAAACUGCUACCAUUUCCAGGAUCUACUUGUACCUCAAGGAGUGCAACUGGGAGCCUGAGAAGAAGAACAAAGAGGGCACUGACUGGAUUUGGAUACCAAAUGAAAGGGGAAGUGGAGAAUGGGUCAGCCCGCUGAGCUGUGUUCUUCAUGAUCAGAACAACCUCUUCAGCCAGCAGCUGCAUGUCCUAGACAGAUACUAUGAUGACAGGAAGCUGCUGGACUUCUUCUCAUCAGUUUUCAGCGUGAGGCAUGGCCCUGGUGCCGAAGACCAUUGCAAGCUCUGGAGCGCAUGGGAGAGCUCCGGCGGUGAGAUAUCCGUAACCAAUUGCUCUGCCUUCUGGCAAUUCAUCGCAAGGAACUGGAGCAAGAACACGGAGAAGCUUCUCUCUGGCUGCGUGAAGGUCCCGGUUUGCACUGAUGGGAAGAUCAUUUUGUCGCCGAAGGAGGACGCGUUCAUUCCCGACGAUCUGCUACUCAAGGAUCUGUUCGACAGUCUUCCUCGACAAUCCAUUUUCAUAUGGUAUCCUCCUUCGGUCUCUCGGGCAAGGCUUAACAAUAUAUAUGGCAGCAUUGGUGUUCAGGCAGUAUCCAAAGCUAUCGAGAAGAGCGAUUCUUUUGUCACCUUGGGCCAGGAUGGCGGUUGUAAAACGGUUGCUAACCAGCAUGAGGUUAUCAGUGUUGGUCUGCUCCAGAUAGUCCUUGCUUUCCUUGCUGAUCCGGCUCUUGACAUUGCUUCCAAAGAGCGGCACACCAUGGUCUCUCGCCUGCUGAAUGUGAGCGUCCUGGAGACAACGAAGCCGAUCACGGUGGGGUACCGCGUGAAGCUGUCCUCUGGAGAGGUUGUGGACGUGGAGGCCAGCCGGAUGAUCAGGUGGGAGAGGGAGAACUCAAAGCUGUAUGUUCAGCAAAGCAAUGGUGCUGGUGCUGGUGCUGCAGCUGGUUACAAAGAGAAGAUUGAGUUUGCGACGAACUUUGCUGACGAGAUAGCCCGAGGACUGCUCUUCGAGACGCCGGACCGGAUCCCUUCGCUUGCUGAACUCGUGAAGGUCGGCAGCCUGGUGGACUUCCAGGACGAUGCUGUCAAGUACCUGCUGAAGUCCAAGAAUCUGCAGCUGUUCCCUGAAGACGAGGCGUUCCUGAACGCUGCAUCACUAGGUCUGUCCCUCCCUGACAAACUCAGAGAGUUCAUCUCACUAUAG